CCGCCACUCACUGCUGCGGCGCGGGACUGUCUCGCGAUACGCCAACUCUCUGUCGAAACCAAGCUCGAGUGAAUUGCCCCCCCUGCCGCUGCGACGCGUCCUCUGGCUACCGCAUAUUCCACGGGCUGUCGCAACCCCCCCAACGCCUCACCCCGGGCGUGUUGACUGAGAAACACGUGCGCCUGCCGCAGCUCUUGCCCUCAUGGCUGCAAAACGAAAGGCCGCGGCCAUGGCGCCCGAAGACGACGACCCCAUCGACCCCUCCGACGAGCUCAUGUUUCUCUGCCUCGGCGGCGGCAACGAGGUCGGGCGGUCGUGUCACAUCAUCCAGUACAAGGGCAAGACGGUCAUGCUCGAUGCCGGCAUGCACCCCGCCCACGAAGGCCUGUCGGCCAUGCCCUUUUACGACGACUUUGAUCUCAGCACCGUAGACGUGCUACUGAUUUCACAUUUCCACGUCGACCAUGCCGCCUCUCUGCCCUACGUCCUGGCCAAGACCAACUUCAAGGGCCGUGUCUUCAUGACGCAUCCCACCAAGGCCAUCUACAAGUGGCUGAUCCAAGACUCGGUGCGCGUGGGCAACAUGUCGAGCAACUCCGAGACCAAGAUUCAGAUGUACACCGAGGCCGAUCAUCUCAACACGUACCCCAUGAUUGAGUCCAUUGACUUUUAUACCACACACACGGUCUCUGGUGUGCGGAUAACACCGUAUCCUGCAGGUCACGUGCUCGGAGCAGCCAUGUUUCUCAUGGAAAUCGCUGGCUUGAAGAUACUGUUUACUGGCGAUUACUCGCGAGAAGAUGACCGACAUUUGGUUUCAGCGUCCGUACCGCCGGGCGUCAAGAUUGACGUGCUCAUCACCGAGUCAACAUUUGGUAUCUCAAUGCACACUCCGCGUGUUGAGCGUGAGGCACAGCUCAUGAAGGCCAUCACCGAUGUGCUUAACCGUGGUGGCCGAGCUCUUCUCCCUGUCUUCGCCCUAGGACGAGCACAAGAACUUUUGCUCAUCUUAGACGAGUAUUGGAGCAAGCAUCCAGAAGUCCAGAAAAUACCAAUCUACUACAACUCGAGUUUAGCGCGAAAGUGUAUGCAGGUUUACCAAACAUACGUUUCGGCCAUGAACGACAACAUUAAGCGUCUAUUCGCUGAGCGCAUGGCAGAGGCAGAGGCGGCAGGAGAUACUGGUCGCCGUGGAGCUUGGGACUUCAAGUUUGUUCGAUCACUCAAGAGUCUAGAGCGCUUCGACGACCUGGGAGGGUGUGUCAUGUUGGCUUCCCCCGGUAUGAUGCAGUCAGGCACAUCGCGUGAGCUGCUCGAGCGAUGGGCGCCAGAUCCAAGAAACGGCGUCAUCAUCACAGGUUACUCGGUCGAAGGCACAAUGGCGAAACAGAUUGUACACGAGCCUGACCAAAUUCCCGCCAUCAUGACACGAGCAAGCAACACAGCACGUCGACCAGGCCAACGAGAAAAUGAGCAGACCAUGAUACCCCGACGAUGUACAGUCCAAGAAUUCAGUUUUGCUGCCCAUGUUGAUGGAAAAGAGAACAUGGAGUUUGUACAGGAAGUCGCUGCGCCCGUUGUUAUCCUCGUACACGGAGAAAAGGGUAACAUGACCCGUCUGAAGUCAAAACUGCUCUCUUUCAACGCACAGAAAACCGUCCCCACCAAGAUCUACUCUCCAGCAAACUGUGAAGAACUGCGCAUUCCCUUCAAAACCGACAAGAUUGCCAAGGUUGUGGGGAAAUUAGCUUUCAUCACGCCACCAAUGCCUCGUUCUUUGACGCCUGGUGGUAGUGAGGCUGAGCAUGACGGGAUCAAGCAAGAACAAGAUGGGGACAGGGUCGAUGUGAUCAGCGGAGUGUUGAUUCAGAACGAUUUCAAAAUCAGUCUGAUGGCACCAGAGGAUCUAAAAGAGUAUGCCGGGUUGACUACUACGACUAUUCUUUGCCGUCAACACAUUACGCUGUCAGCAGCGGGUAUUGACUUGAUAAGAUGGGCGCUGGAAGGCACCUUUGGCGCUAUCAAGGAGACAAGGGUCACUGACGCGGCUGUGGACGGCAAGGUGAGUGGCACUGAAAACGGCCACAAAGAAGAAGAAGAAGAAGCGAAUGAGGAGGUCAAUCGGACAGAAGUCAAAUUCACCGUCAUGGACUGCGUAAACGUACUCGUCAAGAACGGCGGCAGGGUAGAAGUUGAAUGGGAAGGUAACGUAAUCAAUGACGGAAUUGCCGAUGCUGUGUUAGCUGUGCUCUUCACAGUCGAGUCUUCGCCAGCAGCUGUACGGCAAUCUUCGAAGCAACACUCGCACUCGCACGUUCCACAUCAAGAUUCAGACGACAUCUCCGCCACAAAGUUUACCCACCGUUUUAAGAGCAACCCGCACCCCCACCGCACCCCUGAUCCGUCCACACGCCUUGCUCGCCUCUUCCUUUUCCUCGAGGCGCAAUUCGGCGAAGAAUCCGUCCGCCCCAUUACGCUACCUCGCAAUAGCACUACAACAGCGACCGCAAACGGAACGCCGGCCGCCACUACGGAUGCCGAUACACCCACUCCCGACGCUGCGGCAGCCGACAGCACGUCCGCGACAGAUCCUCUUAGCGUCACUAGCAACCCUUCAGAAUCCUACUCAGCGGAUGAUCAAUUGUCCGUGGAAGACAAACAAGAGUUGAAGCGCCUGCACAACCUGGGCAUACCUGUUCCGGGUGUUGAAAUCAAGUUUGAUAAGUUUGUGGCCAAGAUUUGGCUGGAGGAUCUAGAUGUUGAAUGUUCGAAUAAUGCGUUGAGAGCGCGUGUUAAGGCAGUGGUCGAGAGGGGUGUGGAGACGGUAAGUGGGCUGUGGUCGUAAAUGGCGGUUACUUGCCACACAUGAAGAGUAUGUAAAAUCUUGGAGCGGUGCUUUGUAUUCCAUGGCGAAGAAGCAACCGGCGUCGGCCUAUUCUCUUUGCCUAUGAUUCUGGUCCUAUCAGAAAGAGAGACGGUUUUGAAUCUUGUUGGCGGCACUGGUGCUGAGUUCAUGUAGUCGGAAUAUGGAAUGAUAUACCAGAUUGAACAUGGGAGAGUGUCAAUUUACUCCAAGCAUACAAGCUAAUGUAUAUUUUUA